AUGGAGAUCCUUACUGUCUAUGCCCUUGCCGCAGGCUGUGUCCUCAUAAGUCUUGGAGUAACAAGAGCUUUGGUUUGUAUACGGCCAUGGAGCAAUGCCAUCAAUGCCUUCAUUGCCAAGCAUCUUGCGUACCCAUAUGUUCUUGGUCGUCAUUCAUUUCUAGGACCUUGGUCACGAGCUGGUGUCCUUGUUCACUUGAGCUAUGCAACGCUCAAUCUGUUUCUUAUCUUUUUCAGAGCCCCAUCACUGGGAAUCGCUGGCAACCGAGCGGGAACACUUUCGCUGAUCAAUGCAGUGAUCCUCAUAGCUUCCUUGCACCUAAGCAGCUUAGCUGAUCUUCUGGGAGUUUCAUUGAAGACUUGUCGACGCGUUCACAGAGCUGCUGGGUGGGCGGCGUUAGCCUUGAUAUCGUUUCAUAUUGCCGCCAUGUUGAGGAUCCACGGACCCGAAAACCUGGGAAAGAACCCGCGGGCCCUCUUUGUCACAAUCGGUACAGGAUGCCUCGGCAUGUUAGCCCUUCUGUCCUUCCGCCCCUUUCGGAGAAUAUCAUAUGAAUGCUUCCUUCGAUCCCAUCAGGCACUUGCACUGGUUGGAGUUUAUGGGAUCUUCAGACAUAUUCCCGACAAAGCAAUUCUUCCUCGUCUUUACAUCUACAUUGCACUGGGUGUCCUCGGUUGUACAUCCUGCUCCAGCCUGGCUGUGUUACUUUUCAGGAAUGGCCUCUUCUCCGGUAACGGAUGUCCUCGAGCGAAAAUAAUCAGCCAUAAAAACAGGACCGAGACAGAAAAGGAUGAUAGCACGCCGAAAUUGACCCCAAUCAAGAUUUGUCUUUACCUACCGCGGCCAGUUACCGUCAUGGCUGGUCAAUAUAUCAACCUAUGGCUUCCUUCAGUGAGCAUGUGGUCAUGGGCGCAAACACAUCCCUUUACGGUCACAUCGUGGUCUCGAGGAAAACAAAAUAUUUUGGAACUUGUGGUAGAGCCUCGUCAGGGUCUGACAAAGUCCCUAGCCCACCGGGCACAUUUGAUGGGCCUGGGCGGGUUACAGUGCAUGGCUCUUUACAGCGGUCCACAUGGGAUCACAGAGUCUGUGGACAAUUAUGAGAGUGUUCUAUGUGUGGCGAGUGGGCCAGGAAUUGCUGCUGUUAUUCCCUACGUGAAGAAAUUGAUACACGGCUAUAACACAUGCACAUCGCAUGUUCGUAGGGUGCACCUGGUGUGGCAAGUGGAGUCUCUCCGUGAGUUUUUGGCUGUACUAGCAGAAAAUACCCAGGACUAA